AUGAGCCUGCUAUGGGCAGUUUUUGUAAUUUUUUUGAAAAGUUCUAGUUGGAAAAGAUCCACUGAUCACAAGGUGAAUGAUCUCCAUGACACAUUUGGUGCUAAUGUAUUCAAAAGUGGGUGCGCAAUUCAACCAAAAAAUCCUUACUUUGUAGCGAAAGUACAAUCGAAGAGGAGAAAUCAACUGUAUGUUCCAAUGGAUGUGGUGAGAGACUACAAACAUGAAUUUCCUUCAACCAUGUCCAUUCGCGACUCUGCUGGCAGAGAAUUUGAGACGAGAGUCGUUAAAUGGAAGGACGGUAGAAUAUGGUUAGUAGGCGGAUGGCGCAGUUUUUGUAGGUGGAACCUUGUGCAGAAAAAUGACAAGUGGGUAUGUGAAUUUGUGAGAGAAAAAUCCAGCCUUUACUUAAAAGUAAACAUUUUCCAUGAAGAAGCAAGUGCCCAUCCCAACAAGAAAAUUAAGAAAUAGUUUCCUGCUAUUUAACAUAGCAUUUUUAUUUUUAAAGCCUUAGUGCUAUUAAGU